CUGCUUUCCCGUGUGCACUGUGCAGCAGGCAGUGAGACAAAGCGGCGAGUGCUUUUCACGCGUGCGGCUUGUAGCUACAGCGUGCAGGAGCUGGCCGCAGCCGGCGGCUCGCUUGCUGCAGAAUCCGAACGCAGUGGGAGGAGGGAAGGUUCGGUGUGGGCUCGCUGUGUCACCGGAAGAAAAGAGAAGGGCGUCAAAACAUGGGACGCGUCGCAGGUCUGUAGCCGGAGGUUCUGAUUCGUAUCUAGCCAGGGAGGACGUGCGUUGGUGUGUGCGCGCCGAGAGGACGGACACGUCCCUGACCGGACACCACCCACCCUUUGGGUCAACGCAAGAAGAGGAUCGACGCUUUGGCUCUCGCAAACGCCAGCUGCUCCACUUCUCAUUGAUGCUGGUGGAGGCUCAGCAUUUCAAUUGCCGCCAGCACCGAGCCCACCUCUUCUCCCGCCAUGGCGACGAGCAGCGAGUCUGGCGUCCAAAGGCUGGAGUCCAGUUCUGAGGGAAAGAGCAGCAGUCUCACGGACAUCCUGGCCGCCAUGUCCACGGAAGAUGUGGGUGGUUCUGUGAGAAAUGGAUGCGAUCAGCUGGAUAGGGAUCAGCCCAAAAGGACUCAGGCUUCACGUCCUCAGUUGAGCGGGAGGAAGUUGUCUCUGCAGGAGAGAGGUACUUACCUCUCCUCUGGAGGGGGUUACACACAGAUCUCCCCCCGGGUGGCUCGAAGGCCCACAGUGGAGUCCAAACGCGUGUCCAUAUCAGACUCUCAGGAUUGUAUCCAGUUGAACCAAUAUAAGUUGAAGAGUGAAAUUGGAAAGGGUUCCUAUGGUGUGGUGAAACUCGCUUACAACGAGGAUGAUGACAAACAUUAUGCUAUGAAAGUGGUGUCCAAGAAGAAGUUAAUGAAGCAGUGUGGUUUUCCACGUCGUCCACCUCCAAGAGGACCCAAGGCAGUUCAAGGAGAGCAGCCCAAAUUCUUGGGACCACUAGAAAGGGUCUACCAAGAGAUCGCUAUCCUGAAAAAGCUCGAUCAUGUCAACAUUGUUAAACUAGUGGAGGUGCUGGAUGAUCCUUCGGAGGAUAAUCUUCACAUGGUAUUCGAGCUGAUGCCCAAAGGGCCAGUGAUGGAAGUACCCACAGACAAUCCGUUGUCAGAGGAGCAGGCAAGGUUAUACUUCCGAGACGUCAUCCUUGGUAUUGAGUACCUGCACUACCAGAAAAUUGUACACCGAGACAUCAAGCCUUCUAAUUUGUUACUGGGGGACGACGGCCAUGUGAAGAUUGCAGAUUUUGGAGUGAGCAACCAGUUUGAGGGCAAAGAUGCUUUGCUGUCCAGCACGGCUGGCACUCCUGCAUUCAUGGCGCCGGAGACCUUGUCAGAUAAACGCAAAAGCUUCAGUGGAAAAGCGCUGGAUGUUUGGGCUAUGGGAGUCACUCUGUACUGCUUCAUCUUUGGAAAGUGCCCAUUUAUCGACGAGUACAUAUUGGCUUUGCACAGUAAGAUAAGGACCAAAUCUGUGGAUUUCCCUGAAAUACCAAAAAUCAAUGAAGAGUUGAGGACUUUGAUCUUGCGGAUGUUGGACAAGAACCCAGACACUCGGAUCACCAUCGCUGAGAUCAAGAUGGACCAGUGGGUGACUCAGGGUGGUAGCGACCCCCUGCCUUUAGAGGAGGAGCACUGCUCUGUGGUGGAGGUGACAGAAGAAGACAUUAAGAACUCGGUCAAGUUUGUUCCCAGUCUCUCCGCUGUGAUCUUGGUGAAAGCCAUGUUGAGGAAACGCUCCUUCAGUAAUCCGUUUGAAUGUCCAAGUCGGAGGGAGGAGAGGUCCAUGUCUGCACCCGGAAGUUUGCUCAUGGACUCUUGGCCUUUCCGGCCAUCUUUAAAACUGCACCCAUCACUCAGAAAGAGCAGCACCGGUGAUGGACCCAGAGAAGGAGAGCUGGAGGACUUGCAUGAAGAUGAACCCUCCUCUUGAAUUUUCUUCUUUUUUUUUUCCCCUUUGCUUCAAGCACUGUGCGCUUGUCACUUUGUCUUCUACGCAGCAGGCAGGGAACUUCUAUAUUUUGCUUUUUAUACCGAGACUUGCUUUUAUUUGCACUUGUUGGCUUCAGAGAGAGACACUUUCUUUUUUUAUGAUUACAGUUUGACCAAUUUUCCUCUUUCUAUUUUGGACCGUGUGUCUUUGAGGGAAUGACGACAGGACUUUUCAUUUUGAACCAACGAUGGCUUAUUUUAUUAUGGUAUGUAGAUGUCUAAAGGUUUCCACAACGGUUUACUCAUUUAUUGCCUUCGUUGCUCUGACGCUCGAGAAGUUUCUUGCGACAACCUGCUUUUGAAAGCAGAGCUUCAUUUCGUUUUAUAAUAAAUAUUCCGUACUUCAGAUUUAGUAUGUGGACAUUUAUAAGAACUUGGCAUGAUUUUGCUAUCUUUCACCUCCACUGAUUUGGAAUGAACUAAUCAGGCUCAAGUGGAGACUUUGACAAAAUUUGACAUUUAGGAAUUCCGACGAUUGAUGCUGAGUACACUCGUUUGCAUUUACUACUGAAUGGAAAUCAUCUGGAGUGAGUGUUUGAGGUCAGAAGCUCAUACGUCGCCAAAUUCCAACUCGUCCCUUAAAUCUCAUAUGAGGAUUGGCAGUGAGAUUUUUUUUGUUUUUUCAAAUCGUAUUGUGUUGUUUCUAUUUUUCCCUUGCGUGGAAUUUAACUGGAAUUAUUUCCAAUGUUGUCAUCGGCUGCUACUAGCAAAAGAGAGUUCCGUUGACGAGGUGCAUUUCAAAGUCCCGAAUAGUCAUAGAUUUGCACUCCAGCUUGCCUGAUUAAUAAUAAUAAUAAUAAUAAAUUUUAUUUAUAAGGCGCCUUUCAAGGCACUCAAGGUCACCGGAAGAUUAGAAACGGGGACCGCUUUUGUCACUCCUCCAGUAAAAGAUAACGAGGGAGCGAGGCUAGAAUAGAACGGACAUAGGAAAGUGGUUUACAUAUUUAUUCAGUUCACAGAAUCAUAAAUACUGCUCACAGCCGGACCGCUAUUGCUUCAAGGCAGACUCAUAUCUUAAUGUGCGAUUCU